CCAGGCGGUCCCUGAAGGCAGCACCCUCCUCAUCCCGGGUAAACGGCGUCACAGCCGCGAUGUGUCAUUUCGACGGAUAAAUUACCGCUCGUCAAAGCCGUCCCGUCUCCUCUGCUGUUCCAGAGCCAGGAUGUCUGCGGACGGCCGUUAGCUCGUUAAAUCCCCGUGUAUUCUACACCUCUUCUCUAACACUUCACUCGCUCGGUUUCUAAUUAGGACGAGGAUGAUAUUUCCAGCGGGCAACAUGUCCCUCAUCGCGUCGGCUCUGGCGCUGCUCACCGUCGUCCUCUGCACUUCUCAGGUCAGUGGGAACGAGGACUGUCUGUGGUACGUGGACAAAAAUGGCACCUGGCACAAUGGCUUUGACUGCCCUCUCAUCACGUUCUGCUGUGGGAACUGCCACCUGCGCUACUGCUGCCUGGACGCCUUCAAGAUGAUCACAGAGAGGGAGCAGAAGCGCUGCAUGCUCUUCCAGUUCAGCCCCACCACUUUAGCCGGCAUCGCCUCCUCCAUCCUGCUGUUUGUGGCCAUCAUUGCGACCAUGGUGUGCUGCUUCAUGUGCUCCUGCUGUUACCUCUACCAGAGGAGGCAGCAGAGGGGCAGGACACCUUAUGAUGCCCAGCAGAUCCCCAUGGCCAGUUAUCCAGUGGAGCCCAUGUAUGACGCCUAUGGAAAACCACUGGGACCCUCUGACUAUCCACACGCAGGUUAUCCCAUGGCACCCCAGUACCCUGGCAUGCCUCCACAGUACCCGAUGAUGCAGCCUGGACCUUAUCCACCACACCUGAUGGACCCUGCAUACAGCCAGGCCCCUCCACCUUACUCUCCACCUCAGUAUCCUGGACAUUGAUGAGCUCGUCUGCAAGCGCACAUACACACAGAGGGAAACAACAGCAACUGAGAGCAAAGACUGUUUCAAAAGGAGAAGGCAGCAACACUCUCACACUCAAACACACACACACACACACACACUCUCACACAACACUCAAACGCUACAACUCGACUAGCAGUGGUUUGUCUGUGAAAGAGAACAGGAGGCACUUUAAGGGUUGUUUUUUUCUUUCUUUGUUUAUUUCCAAUGUUGUCCUACUUUCCCCGGAGUAUUUACGUAAGUCAAAUUCUGUUCUGCAACCUGACGCCUCGACGCUCCCGGCGGGUUUCACAGAGGCCGUCACACCAUCCCCAAAGUGAGGAGGUAUCCGGCUGGCGUCUCGACUCUGUGCUGCCACUUGUGCUCUGACACACUCAACCUCAAUGACAGGGUGUGACCUAAAGACGGCAAAGAGGGGGAUAGGAGGGAUUUACAAAUAUGAUAAUGCACUCCCUCGUUAGUGAUCAAAGGGAAAAUGCUUUACUUCCUCACUUUUGUUAAAUUUGUAAUAAAUUGAAGUGAAUUUGAAACUGCCUACGGCUACAUUCCAGGUCACACAUUCUCCACACGCUCCAAAUAUGAUUACAUGAUGUCUUUAUUUCUGUAUUUGAUGUUUUUUUCCUGUAAUAUUUUAGAGGCUAAAGUGAAAAACAAACUGCAUGUUUGAUUAAAAAGAUGACAUGUUUGGCUCAAAGGCAGCGUGAUGCUGUCUUAAAUUGGCAGGCGAAGGAUUUCAUGGUACUCCUAAUUCUGUGUGAGACGCCUUUAGUCACCCGUUAGUUUAAACUCUGUCUCUUCUUUUCUGUAUCUAACUCGACUAAUUUACUUCAUGGUAGUAUAUUAUCUGCACCAUUCUAAUGUAACAUCUCGACAUCAGCAUGCUACUCCAGUCAAAGCUAUCUGUCCUCUCAUGCAUCUUUUCUGGUUUUAAAUGAAUUAGAGGUCUUUAGAUUAAUCCCAUAAUGCCACGUAGGAUGUUUUCCAGUGAAAUUCAUGUUAAAUGUUUAUUUCUUGUAACAUAUCAGGUCAGGGGAGUUGCAGAUCUUGCUGCUUUGGUUAAAACAAAAAAUGUCCCGCCUUACAAUAAUUAAACAUGACGACAAAAAAAAAGAGAUUAACUAUUUAAAUACAUAUUUUGUAAAUCUGUUCUUCAGCUGAAUAUUUUAUGAUAUUGUAACAAGUUAUUUUAAACAUAAUGUAUUGUUAUUGUAACAUAAGAUAUGACGUUUUAGCAUUUCUGGCAUCUUUCCAUUUGGUAUUUGUCAUUAUCGAAGUUACCUCUUACUGUGAAUGGGUUCUCACCUUGUGGACUAGCUAUGAAGCCAAAAAUCACUACUGUUGAAAAAGUAGAUUUUUUUUUUUUUUUUUUACCACCUCUCUCUUUAAAUUCGUGGUUUUACAUUUUGGGAAGUAUGCUUUAGUGGCUUAGAGUUAAGGAUCAAUACCAAUAUCACGUCUGUAUGGUAAAUAAGCAGAGGUGCAGUUAGGUGAGGCAAACCAGGCAAAUGUUUAGCAAAAAAAUGGGAAAAUGGGCCCCCAAUGGCCACUCUCAUUUGCACAUUUCACAUUGACAACUAUAAACCCCCUUAAAUCACCCAUAAGACACUAUAGACCGAAUCACAAUGUUUAAUUUCAAGAACUGAAAUCCUCAUGUCAUGUACAUAAAAUCCAACAGCACUGAGAAAACGCUGACUCAUUUAGUUAGCCAUCCAUUAAUUGGCCACCUACAAAAAGGCCCACCAAAAAAAAUCAGUAUCAGUUUAAGUGUAUGCUAUAUUUAGAAUGUUUUCAUGCUUCACCUUGCCAACAGCCUGUUCUAACAGGGAAGUGAAGCCAUUUAGCAGUACACUGAGCUGCUGGACUACUGAGGCCUCUGUUGGUUAGUGUGUAAGGUAAAGCUUAGCAAAAAUUCAAAUAUAGUGUACACUUACAGAGAUAAUGUGUAUUUUAGGUGGCAUUCACAGCAGCACAUUGGAUAACUUCCAUGCUGGUAGAUUUAAUUUAUCAAAGAUGAAAACACAGCAUCAAAGAACGUAAAAUAAGCACAGCAGAAACAUCAGAUAGGUUGGACCACUGUGUUCUGCUAAACAUCUUUAAACCAGGGUGUCUACAGGUCCCAAUGUUACAACAAUAAGGCUUUCAAAGUCAUUAAAUAGUCUUAAAUUUUAAUUUGUGAGGUCUUAACUACAACAGCCAUUCUAUCUAAUUUCAUUUAUCCAUAUUUAAAUUUAUUUUUGUGAAAUUGAGUGAAGCCUUUCUAUGUAAAAGUCAACAUUUCUAAUGUUACAAAUAUCUAAAACAACUAUACUACUGUUCACUGUCUUUUUAGACUUGCACUUACCUGUUGGCAAAAUGUAGACUGACUUAACUCAAUCUAAUAACCAGACACCCCGUAAACGUUGCAGUUACAACUGAAAAUGACUGAAAAUUUCCACAAUUUAAAACAGCUGCCAGUUAUCUUGUGUGAGGUCACUGUGAUUCGGUCUAUAAAGUCCACCGCCACUGCCUAAAAACCCUCCUUAGUGGGGCCCCCUCUUGCUACCUUAUGAGAGCUGGUUGUUCCAAUACUAUGAUGCUUGUGUGAAUGGUGUUAUUUAUAUAUUUAUUUAACAAAUGAUAAUGACAUUUGAUGAAGCACAACUGAGUGAAUGCAUUUUUUGACUGAAAUGACUGCAUUUUUAUGGGGGCCUAGGUGGGGUUGGGCCUCCAUGGGCUUCUUCACCUGGGGCCCCUCUAGAGUCUAAAAUCUAAGAUCGCCUUUGUGAAUAUGUAGCUAGCUAGCUGCUAGCUGGAGGCAGCAGUCGGUUAGUUUAGCUUAGCAACUAGCUAAAAUAGACUGGAAAUGGGGGAAAUGCCCAUUGGUUCGACAGCCCAUUGGUUCGACAUCCCAUUGUUCCGACCAUAUUAAACACAUUGUUCCGAAGUCCGUUCUGAAAUCAUCAUGAUGCCCUGUGGUUAAGGUCUGGUUAGGUUUAGGCACAAAAACCACUUGGUUAGGGUCAGGAAAAGAUCACGGUGUGGGUUAAAAUGAAAAAGAAAGUGACAAACACGUAAGCUGCUCCGCCUCAAGCUGGUCGCGGUGCACCAUACGCCUGCCGCAAGCCGUUCAGCACCGCGGACAGUCGGACUAAUGGGAUGUCGAACCAAUGGGUUGUCGACCCAAUGACAUGGACCCAAAAUGGCUACUGGCCACUCUAAAGCUCACUAAUUAUCGUCUUAUCUGUGGGCAAAGCGUAAAUUUACCUCCUUUUUUUUUUUCAAUUUCUAUAUAUAUUUUAAUUUGCCAUUUAAUAGGAGGGUAUGUGGGGGAAGACUAUUUGCUGGAAGCGGUUGCCAGGCAACAGAAGUCCGGCGGCACAUGACGUCAUACAAAAUGGCGACUUCUUGUACUUAUAUUUUCAUAAAUCUGUGUUAAUUAACGGGGAAACGGCUAACCUGGCUCUACUUAGCUAACAAAACAGGACUACCAGCCACUUUAAAGCUCACUAAUUGACGCUGUAUCUAUUGGCGAAACUCAGAUUUACCGUUUUUAAAUGUAUAUAUAUUUAAUUUGCCAUUAAUGGGAAGCUAUGCGGCAGGGGAAGGCUAAUUGCUGGUAGCGGUUGCUAGGCAACAGACUUCUGGAAUGGUUACCGUUACUUUAGUCCGACGGCACAUGAUAUGAGGUUUAUUUUAUGUCACAGCUAGGCUACCUGUUUACCUCUGUUUACAGUCUUUGUGCUUAGCUAAGCUAACCGGCUGCAGCUAAACCAUCAUUAGCAUUAUCCAAUUAGAAAAGCACAUGGAGAAGGGCAGAAACCUUAACUGUAACCGAGACAUAGCUUUCUGGCAGAAAGCCCUCUAGGCAAACCUCUCCUAACAGCACAAGAAAGCAGGUAACGUAAGUGUAUUUCCCAAAAUGUCAAACUGUUUAAAUUCACAAUUUGGGCUCCAGUGAGGUCAGGGUCUGUAACGUUAAUCUGAAAUUCUUCUAUUUAUCAUCUUUGACAGGCAAUAACAGCCCUGUGUCCUGUGUAAGAUGUGUGAACUGUAAAACAUGACAUCUCGAGCAUGUGUUGUACAGUCAGCUGUCUGACAACUAGAUUAUAAAUAACUCUUUGAGUGUGAUGUAUCUCAACCUCAAAGUGAAAUGAGACGGUAUAAAACACUGUUAUGCCGAUCAGAGAGGCCUGGGCAAACCUCUUGAGACUUAAUGCUGUAUUUGUUUCUGCAGAAGUUUACAGCAUAAUUAGUUUCCUCCAAUGGCGACGUCCAUAUGUACAGAUUUGUCGAGCCUUUGUAAAGCACAAAGAGAACACCUUUGAAAGACUUUUCUUUGUAAGAUGCUUUCAUAUGUAGUUUGACAUAACAUUUGCUCAAUGAUGUUUCUGUUUAUUUGUGCUUCUAAACCAACUCCAUGAGUGUGUUCAAUGAAAUGACAUCAGUCGGCAAAAAUAACUUCUGGAUAUGGCUUUUUUGUCUGUUGUCAUAUGGAUGGUAUGACAUUGUAAUAUAAAGUGAGUGAAAAGUUUUUAUUUCUAUUAACAUAAAAUUUAACUUUGGAAUGUAAAAA